UUUUUUUAUUUUUUAUUUUUUUUUUAUUAUUAUUAUUUCUCAAUAAAAUACAAUGAGUGAUAACGAGCGUUCUGCGCCUACUAGCGAUGAUGAUCUUUCACUUCCCAAAGCUACUGUUCAAAAAUUAAUAAAUGAAAUGAUGCCAGAAGACAUUGUCUGUGCAAAAGACACUCGCGAUCUAUUAAUUGAUUGCUGUGUUGAAUUUAUUCACUUGAUUGCUUCUGAAGCUAAUGAAAUUUGUGAAAAAGAAACAAAAAAGACAAUUGCUGGAGAGCAUGUGAUUGCAGCACUACAAGCACUCGGUUUUGAGGAGUAUGUUGAAGAAGUAGAUGAAGUUUUCAAAGAACACAAAAAGCAACAAAAGGAUCGAGAUAGAAAGAGUACAAGAUUAGAAAAUACGGGAAUCUCAGAAGAGGAAUUACUACGACAACAAGAAUUACUUUUUGCUCAAUCACGUAUUAAAUAUGAAGCACAACAGCAAUAAUCAAUUUCCCAAAUAUAAGUAUUCUUCUCUUACCCGAACAAGCGCGCUGUCAUAUAUUUGUCUAUGUAUAAAAAUAGGUUAUCAUUUCUUUCUUUUCCUUGUUGUUUCUCUUUUCUUUUCUUUUCUUUUUUUUUAUUGCUUUAAUCAUGUUGUUAUGUAAAACAUUAGCUGUUAGAAUACCACCUGUUACU